UAAAUAUGAAAGCCUACGACGAGCUUUCUUAAUAAAAUAAAUAAAGCUGCAUUUUAUUAUAGGAUUUAGUAACAUUUACACUGAAGAUGAUGACGAAAUGUGAAUGAAAUACUGCGAUGAACAAUAACCGUCCCAGCUACUAGCGGUGGUACGGUCUCAACGGAGGACGAUGACUUCUGAGGUCUCAAGUAAUCUUCGCAAAACCCAGGGAGCUGAACUGUCAGUCCCACCCCACGAAAGCGGCUACUGAAUCCCAGAUUGCCCCACGAUCUCGGUUCUGCGAGCAAGGUCACGUUCACAACGGCGGGAGUUUCCACAGCGGUGACACACGGCACUUCCGGCCGGCCGUGAGAGUCAGUGACGUGGCGGCGAGGCUGGGCACGGUCGUCGGGGUCGGGGCACCAGGAGCUGUCAGGUGCCCUCGGGGCAACCCCGCUGGGAGAGAAGAGCUCGCCCGCAGUCUCUGCGGCAGGGAGGCCGGAGCCGGAAGUGCCACGUGUCCUGAUUGCGGCUGCGCGGCCGGCGGCUGACAGACACUUCCGGCCGAGGCCUCCUUCCUUCUAGGUUUGGCUGCCACCUUGUUGCCCGGCAUUCGCGGCCCCGCCGGCCCGACUUUCUAGCCUCAGUUCCCAGGCUAGGCCGUGGCCGCCGGUGGCCUGGGGAGAGUGCGGCGCCAUGCCUCGGGCUUGAUGCGCCGCCCUCUCUUUUCCCAGACUUCAGUCUUAAGUCGUUAGCCUCCUCCCUUCGCUUUCAGCAGUCGUCUUUUAGCUCUGUUCUUGGCCCUGUUGUCGACCCGGACCAGCCCCUUCCAACCCAAAUAACUGCCGUCGUCAUGUCCCAGCCGGGAAUACCGGUCUCCGGCGGCUCCCCAGCCAGCUUCCAGGCCCAGAACGGAGCAGCCUCGACCUCGGGGUCUCCCUACGCUAACGGUCCUGUCCAAAAUGCACUGCUGUCUUCACAAGAGUCAGUGAGCCAAGGAUACGGUUUCCAGCUUCCGGGAUCCUACCCUCAUCUAAUACCAGCAAAGACUUUGAAUCCAGUCUCUGGACAAUCUAACCAUGGUAGUUCUCAGGGAUCUGGUCAGACUUUUAAUAGACCACCCGUGGCCUCUAAUCCAAUGACACCUUUGCUUCAUAGUGAUCCUGCUUCCCAAUUGCCAUUACCUGCUUCUCAGAACCCAUCUUCUACACCAUUGCCUUCUGGUAGCUUUCUUCCUGGAGCCAAUCUGCCACCGCCUUUGAAUUGGCAAUAUAACUAUCCAUCCACAGGCUCACAAACAAACCAUUGUCCUCGUGCAUCAUCCCAACCAACUGUAUCUGGAAAUACAAGUCUAACCACAAAUCAUCAAUAUGUUUCUUCUGGAUAUCCUUCACCUCAAAAUACCCUCAUAAAGUCAGGUUCAUCUGUACCUCCCUUAGUGAAUCCACCUCUGCCUACGAUUUUUCAACCAGGAGCUCCUCAUGGGCCCCCUCCAGCUGGAGGCCCACCCCCAAUAAGCGCCCUCACACCCCAGAAAUCAUCAUAUAGACAUGUACCCCAGCCCUCAUUUAAUUCAUCUGUCAACCAAGAAGGUAUUACAUCAAAUAUCAAUAAUGGAUCUACAGUGGUCCACAGUAGCUACGAUGAGAUUGAAGGAGGUGGCUUCUUGGCAACACCACAGCUUACUAACAAGAAUCCCAAAAUGAGCCGAAGUGUUGGAUAUUCAUAUCCCUCCUUACUGCCUGGUUAUCAGAACACACCACCUGGUGCAACUGGAGUGCCAUCCUCUUCUUUGAAUUACUCAAGUGGGCCACAGGCCUUUAUUCAGACUCCCUUAGGUGCUAAUCAUUUAACCCCAAGCAUGAGUGGAUUAAGUCUACAUCCAGAGGGUCUAAGAGUUGUCAAUCUUCUUCAAGAAAGAAACAUGCUUCCAUCAACACCUUUGAAGCCUCCAGUUCCAAAUUUGCAUGAAGACAUCCAGAAACUCAACUGUAAUCCAGAGUUAUUUCGAUGCACACUGACUAGCAUUCCUCAGACUCAGGCCUUACUGAAUAAAGCCAAACUUCCUUUGGGGCUGCUGCUUCAUCCUUUCAAAGACUUAGUGCAGUUGCCUGUGGUUACCUCCAGUACAAUUGUGAGAUGCCGUUCAUGCAGGACGUACAUCAAUCCUUUUGUCAGCUUUCUUGAUCAAAGGAGAUGGAAGUGUAACUUAUGUUAUCGAGUAAAUGAUGUUCCUGAAGAGUUCUUGUACAACCCUUUGACCAGAGUUUAUGGAGAACCUCACAGAAGACCUGAAGUUCAAAAUGCUACCAUUGAGUUUAUGGCUCCUUCAGAAUACAUGUUACGACCACCUCAACCUCCAGUGUAUCUCUUUGUAUUUGAUGUAUCUCACAAUGCAGUCGAAACUGGAUACUUGAAUUCAGUUUGCCAGAGUUUGUUAGACAAUCUGGAUGUGCUUCCUGGCAACACUAGAACAAAAAUUGGCUUCAUAACAUUUGACAGUACAAUCCAUUUCUACAGUCUUCAAGAAGGUCUCUCUCAACCUCAGAUGCUAAUAGUUUCAGAUAUUGAAGAUGUUUUUAUACCUAUGCCAGACAACUUAUUAGUAAACUUAAAUGAAAGUAAAGAGCUUGUGCAAGAUUUACUGAAAACAUUGCCACAAAUGUUUACCAAGACUCUGGAGACCCAGAGUGCCUUGGGUCCUGCACUUCAAGCUGCCUUUAAGCUGAUGUCUCCAACUGGUGGUCGAAUGUCUGUUUUUCAAACACAACUCCCAACUCUUGGAGUGGGAGCCCUGAAACCACGAGAGGAGCCUAACCACAGGUCAUCUGCUAAGGAUAUACACCUGACACCAUCCACUGACUUCUAUAAGAAAUUAGCCUUGGACUGUUCUGGUCAGCAAGUAGCUGUUGACUUAUUCCUUCUCAGUGGACAGUAUUCUGAUUUGGCUUCUCUGGGUUGUAUUUCUCGGUAUUCAGCAGGUAGUGUUUAUUACUAUCCCUCUUACCAUUAUCGACACAACCCAGUCCAAGUACAGAAAUUACAGAAAGAACUACAGAGAUACCUUACUCGGAAGAUUGGCUUUGAAGCAGUCAUGAGGAUUCGGUGCACCAAAGGUCUUUCCAUUCAUACUUUCCAUGGGAACUUCUUUGUUAGGUCGACUGACUUAUUGUCUUUGCCUAACGUCAACCCAGAUGCUGGGUAUGCCGUGCAGAUGUCAGUGGAAGAGAGUCUUACUGACAUUCAGUUGGUUUCUUUUCAAUCAGCGCUCUUGUAUACAUCCAGCAAAGGUGAAAGAAGAAUUCGUGUUCAUACAUUGUGUUUGCCAGUAGUUUCAACUCUAAAUGAUGUGUUUCUUGGAGCUGAUAUUCAAGCAAUUUCAGGGUUAUUGGCCAAUAUGGCUGUUGACAGAUCCAUGACUGCCAGUCUGAGUGACGCUCGGGAUGCUCUAGUGAAUGCAGUCAUUGACUCCCUUUCUGCUUACCGUUCUUCAGUCUUAAGUAACCAGCAGCCUGGACUGAUGGUUCCUUUUUCUUUGCGGCUUUUCCCACUUUUUGUGUUGGCUCUCCUUAAACAGAAAUCAUUCCAGACUGGAACAAAUGCACGUCUAGAUGAACGCAUUUUUGCUAUGUGUCAAGUGAAAAAUCAGCCCUUGGUUUACCUUAUGCUCACAACUCAUCCCAAUUUGUAUAGAGUUGACAAUCUCUCAGAUGAGGGAGCACUCAACAUUAAUGAUAGAACCAUACCUCAGCCCCCUAUUCUUCAGCUUUCAGUAGAGAAGCUAAGCAGAGAUGGAGCUUUCCUCAUGGAUGCAGGCUCUGUACUGAUGCUUUGGGUUGGAAAAAAUUGUGCACAGAGUUUUCUCAGCCAAGUUCUAGGAGUUCAAAACUAUGCAUCAAUUCCACAGCCUAUGACAGACCUUCCAGAACUUGGUACACCAGAAUCUGCCAGAAUAGUAACUUUCAUCUCUUGGCUUAGAGAGCAGAGACCAUUCUUCCCAAUACUUUAUGUAAUAAGGGAUGAGAGUCCAAUGAAAGCAAACUUCCUUCAAAACAUGAUAGAAGACAGAACAGAAUCUGCAUUAUCAUAUUAUGAAUUCCUGUUGCAUAUACAGCAACAAGUGAAUAAAUGAACAAAUGAAGAAGUUUGACUUAAUUAUUUCUAAGGAAUGUCACAAUAGUGCAGAAUACCUGGAAAUGUGUAAUACCUUCUUUUUCUAUUGUUUGUGGACUAAUAUGUUGAUUGAGAUGUUCUCACUGUGAUUUCAACAACCUAUAGCAAAUAAAAGACCACAGCAGAGAAUCAAACAUGCAACUUUGAAAUACUGUAUUUUUCAAAUCAGAAUCUAGCUACAUAUGAUUGGAUACUUUUUUCUUGCCAAUUAUGUUUAAGUUGUUAUGGAUUAAAAUAAGACAAGACAAUAUUGCAGAGGCAAAGUACAUUUUGUAAAAUAAAGAUUUCUGUGUUCUACUUGUAUAUUUCUCAUUUUUUAUUUUUCUGAAUUUUUGGCUGCUACAUUUAAAACCUCACAAGACUAAGUGUUUCAGGGAAGUUACAGAUUCAUUGAUAGUAAUGUUUUUAAAAUAAAAACAAUUGGAAGUAAAUAUAAUGUAGGAAGACUAGAAUUCAAUUCCCAUACCUGUCCUUUUUUUUUUUUUCUUUUUUAAGGAAGGGGAAGGAUCAUUAUGUUGCCUAAAACUAGAAUAAACUAAUUAUAGUAUAGCUUGAGAAAAAUAUGAAGUAACACAUUCAAGCUUUAAAAUCUGUCAGUAUUCUUUAUACUUGAAGAACAAAGUCUCUUUGAUUUGAAGUGAGAACUAUCAUUAGGUGGUUUUCUGAUUUCCUGCCCAACACUGGGACCUACUGUAUUAAUCUGUAGUGAAAAGGAUUUGAGCUGCUUCAUAAACAUUGGGACUGGCAAUAAUAAUAGGGAGAUAAGAAACUUUAAUUAUCUUGAUCCUUUAAGUGGAUUUUGUUUGGUACAUUUCUGCUCUGGGUAUGUAGUAAAAGUGGGGUUUUUUUGGUGAAAUGAGGGUGAAUGAAAGAAAUGAAAGGUUUUAAAGUGCUACCCAAAAACAUCAGUAAAAUUUUUCUAAGGAGUUUAAUUGUUAAAUUGGAAAUCACUCAUAAGAAGUAUUUAUUCUUUAAUAUGAAAAUUUUAUUAAAGCAUAAAUGCUGCUGAUAGAUUUGAUGGAUAUUGAUUACACACAUCCAACAUAUUGAAGAAACUUGAUUUCUGAAAAUUCUUAAGAGACUGCUUUCUUGAUUCAGCUAGAGAAAUAUUAUAGUCAAAACUAUUGAGUGAAUUUUGUUUACAAAUAGGUAAAUUAUACAUUUGUAUAUUUAAAGUGCUGUGACAUAAUAUCUUUAAGAGUGGCUCAGUUUUCAUAAUUCAUUUUGUCCUAUGAAUUUUUUAAAAUAUGUUCAUGUGUAAUACUUGAUCAAAAUAUUUUGGGGUUUUUUGUUUUGUUUUAAUGGGUUAGAAAAUGUGUUUACAAUCUUGGUCUUACAUGAUCACCAAUGAAAUAGGAACUUUCAGGUUUAUAUCAAUAUGAGCUGACUUUAACGGAGUUGUUUGGGAUAGGGAAGAAGCAGUCCCUCUACAGUAUACAACUACUGCUUGCCAGCUGGAUCAAAAUAAUCAUGUUUUAUGAAAAUAUCUCCCUUAAGCAGUGUUAAGGUUGGUUUGCAGUGUGCGAGUGGCACAUUGAACUGGAAGUUUUCUUGAAAGCCGCUUCAUCUUAUAAGAAGCAAUUUUCAAAUUGUAGCAAAUUAUAUUAUCCCCUCUUUUAAAGAAACAGUCAUUAUGAUCUGGGUGUGGUGGCCCAUGCCUAUAAUCCCAGCUCUUUGGGAGGCUGAGGUGGGUGGAUCACCUGAUGUCGGGAAUUCAGGACCAGCGUGACCAACAUGGACAAGCCCCAUCUCUACUAAAAAUACAAAAUUAGCUGGACAUGGUGGCAGGUGCCUGUAGUCCCAGCUACUCGGGAGGCUGAGGCAGGAGAAUUGCUUGAACCCAGGAGACAGAGGUUGCAGUGAGCCAAGAUCACACCAUUGCACUCCGAACUUUGUCUCAAAGAUAAAAAAAUAAACAGAGCAAAAACUCUGUCUCAAAGAUAAAAAAAUAAACAGUCAUUAUGCACAAAUGUUUCUUAAAAUAACUAAAAUGUUCCUCUUAAUGUGAUUUUAAGCGGAGUUAUUUGUAGGUCCUUUCUUAAAAGUAGUAAAGAAUCUUCCAGAGGGAAACAUUUAUGCUUCUAGGGAUAAUCUUCCUUGUGCCUCACUACAUCCCUCAGUGGGUAUGACUCUUGUUAUUACCACAUGCUUUAUUAGUAUGUUUCACAAAUUUACUUUUAAAAAUUAUUUUAGAUACUGUGUAACAUGUGCAAUCCAGAAUAAUUUUUAUAACAGGUCAUGAAAAACAUAACUUUAGUUAGGAUUCACAAUAUUUGUUCUCCACAUAAUGCGAGAAUGAAUGAGCCUUUGGAGAUAUUGAUACAAAGCAAUUAUUUUUUGCAAUGAUGAAUGUGUUUUUAGUUUGAUUCUUUGUUUUUUUUUUCCAAUAGGGCACUACCUGCCAUAUCAUCUUGUAUUACUUUUUGAUGUAAAGCAACUAAUAUUUACACUAUGCCAUAUUUUUUUUAUCAUAGUUGUAAAUUAUGAAAGAUCUUUGAAUUUUCUACAGAUCUACAACUACUAAAGUAAUAGACAAGGGCAAUCUUGGUAUUUAAAUCUGAGCAUGGCAGUUCUACCAUAAAAAGUACUCUAUUUUUCUAAUUUCUAGGAUUUUUAAAAUAACAUUUCUGUAAGUCUGACAUACUAAUAGUCACUCAAGCAGUUACUAUUUAUUUUAGUUUGCAUAUAUUUUCACUGUUUUUAAUUUAAUGUAAUGUAUUGAGUCUAAUAGACUGUUUUGCAAUAAUUAGAAUAAAGAUUUAUUUCUUCUAAUCAAAGAUGCAUAACAGCUAUUAUCUAGGGGACCACCAAAUGUGAUUUCAAGGUUUCGUUAACUAUUAUAAAUGUAAUCCUUAUAUAGAAAUUUUAAUUUUGUAAAGUAGUGUAUAAUAUUGUAAUAUUAAAUUCUUGUUCUCAGAUUCAAGUAUGUAUUGAUCUUCAACGUGCUGUGUUAAAUCUUGGUUCUCUGAAAUGUUGGAGACAAGAUUUGUCUUCCUUUUUACAGUUUGUCAUUUUCACUGUCUUAUUUCUGUAUAAAAAAACAAAGUCAUUUGUAACCCAUGCAAACAAUCAUUUGAUCUGUGCUAACUUAUCAACUUGGAUAUUCAAUAAAGUUAAUUGAAAGAGCUUA